GAAAGGGUGAUAUGCGUGAAUUAAGCCAAAAUAAUAAGAUACAGUCAGCUUUGAGAUUACAUGAGUAAGGUUCUAAGGAGAGGGAAUGGCUCAUGCAAAGGCCCUGUGUUGGUGCCUCCAAAAACUGGCAGAAAGCCCCUGUGAACGACUGUGUGACAGUAGGUGAGUUACACAGCCCCUGUGCAUCAUGGGAAAAUGGAGAUGCCCAUAUCGACCCCUCGAGGUUGGUAUGAGGAUUCAAUUAGGCAACCGUGUUACAGGGUUAAUGCUGUGUCCAGCAUGUAGUAAGUAGGUGUUCAACAAACACCAGCUAUUAGUUUGAGCAUGAUAAUUAUUAUUCGAGGAGGAAAGAAUAGACCCAGGGAGUGAGAAGGGUGAGGAAAAAGGAGCUAGUGUAGCUUAUCCUUCUAGAAUCUAAAAUUCAGGAUAUAGUCUGAGCGAGGUCCUGAUAAUGGGAUUCUAAACAUGCCUCCAGGACAUCCUAGACACCAAAUUAUAAUUAGCAUUAACUUCAUAGUGACUGCCAUUCGUUGAACACCUACUACAUGGCAAGGCACUACUCCAAGCGCCUCGUGUCCAUGGCCCCGUCUGACUCUGGGGCAGGCACUAUUAUUAACGCCUCCAUUUUACAGAGGAGAAAAGGUGUGGUUCAGAGUCCAGGGGAGAAGCCAGGAGGCCAGCAGAAAGCCCCGUCACCUCCUACCAGGUUGACCUUUGGCCAUUCCUUAACUUUGACGUGAGUGAUAGGAGCGGGUGAUUCUGCUUCUCCCUCCAUCUCCCCGUGGGGAUUGUAGGGUGAGAGAAUGAGAGCAAAGCCUCAGAGCCCCCUCCCCAGGGACACUGUCCCAGCCUGGUCCCCACUCACCAUCACCACUGACCCGAUACUGGAGAAGGAUGCUGCUGGAGGUGACUUCCGAGCCAACUUGUCCCUGGACAGAAUACAAGAUGAGGAGUCCUCUGGACAUCAGCUCCGGCCACACCCCUGCCUGGAGGAAGCUGCUUUUAACAGCCUCCAACUAAUGCCACUGAAGACAUUCCCAGCCGCUAUCCGGGGAGUCAUCCAGAGUGAGCUCAACUAUUCUGUGAUCCUGCAGUGGGUGGUGACAAUGGACCCUGAGCCCGUGCUGAGCUGGACCUUCAAUGGGGUGCCCUGUGGGAUGGGAGAGAAGCUGUUCAUCCGACGGUUGUCCUGGGAACAGCUGGGCACCUACAUGUGCAUAGCCACGAAUAGCAAGAAACAGCUGGUCUCUGAGCCUGUGACCAUCUCGCUGCCAGAACCCAUUGCGCAGCCCACAGAAGCAGAGCCCAUGGAGCCGGACCCCACUCUGUCCCUGUCAGGAGGCUCUGCCAUCGGGCUCCUUGUGGCUGGGAUCCUGGGAGCCGGGACACUGAUUGCAGGCGUGUGUUUCACCAUCAUCCAGAGCCUAAGGACUGACAGGCAGAGAAUAGGAAUAUGCAGCUGAAAUGUGGGCAACUCUCCUGUCAGCUUAAGAGAUGGGCACUUUGUACUUCUCUAUCCACGUGGGAAAAGACCCCAUCCCACAGCUUCCAAGUCUACAACAUCCAACAUCCCUGUUCAAGGGAACAACCCAACUUAACCAGACUCCCUUUGCCCUGUUUCUGAAACACCUGAAGAAAGCAUCUGAUGGGUUGACUCGGUGCCAUCCUUGGUCCCAUCGCUGUGACACGUUGUGCAAGCAAAGCAUCAGAGGCUCAUCCCUGUCUGUGGGAGCUCAGUGCUCAGCAAACAGGGGGGAGGUUUCACCUUGGAAAUUGGCCAGACCCCAAAAUAUGUCUUUUACACAUGUUGCUUUUUUUUUCUCUCUUUUUCAAAAAGAACCAAAAACUAAAUAAAAAUACCACUACUUCUGA